AGAAGAAUGAAGAUGAAGCGUGCUAAUGGUCCUUCUCGGUCCAUUUCAGUCCCUAAAAUCUUUGAUAAUUUUUCUAUGAAGAUCUUAGUAUGGAAUUGUAGGGGUGCUGCUAGACCCUCUUUUGUUCGUGUGAUGAAGAAAUUGAUUAAGAGACACAAGCCAAACGUUGUGGCUUUGCUCGAGACCAGAGUACUUGCUCCUCAUGCAGUAGGCAUUGUUAGGUAAUUGGGUUUUGAAGAGUUCGUUGUGGUUGAUCCUGAGGGUUUCUCUGGGGGUAUGUGUUUGUUGUGGAAUCCGGAUGAGGUGGAUAUUCAAGCCACUAAGGGGACUAGGUGGGCUCUUCAUGCUGCUGUCACGGCGAAAUCCAAGAGCCCAUGGAUUAUGUCUACAGUUAAUGGAAGCACUAACAAAAGUAACAGGAAAAGGGUGUGGAGUGAACUACAAGCCAUUUCUGAAAUUCCUAGUUCUGAUUGGAUGGUGAUGGGGGAUCUGAAUGUCAUUGGUGGCAGUCAAGAGAAGAGUGGUGGAAGAAAUCCCUCUUCCAGCCAGCUUUCUGAGCUGAGAGAUGUUAUGGAUAAUUGCGGGCUUAUUGAUUUGGGUUUCAGUGGCCCAAAGUUUACUUGGAACAACAAAAGAGCGGGAGCUGCUAACAUUAAGGAGCAUCUGGAUAGAGCUGUUGCCAAUUCUAAUUGGAUCAACAAAUUCAACAAGGUUCAAGUAAUUCAUCUGUCUUAUUUUAAUUCUGAUCAUAGGGAUAUUCUAAUUGAUCUAGAACCCAAAACUAGAUUUAAACCUAGACCGUUUAGGUUUGAUGCUAUGUGGGCUGAGGAUCCUAGAUUUAGUGAUGUUGUUGAAAAACAUUGGAAUACUAAUACUGAAGGUAAUGUUAAUGGAAAUUUUUGUAACAACAUUAGUAAGAUUCAGGUGGAAUCUAGAAAGUGGAAUAAACAAGUCUUUGGAAAUAUUCAAGCACGAAUUGCUGAAAAAAUGGUGAUAAUCCCUAGAUUAACUCAUUUGACUAAAACAACUCCCGUUUUUAGGUUAAUCUCAAAAUUAACUCCUUUAACCUUCGUAUAAUAACUCUCCUUUGACUUCCCUACAAUAACUCCUUCAACUAACU